AUGAAGAACCACGAUAAAGUGAUGGGUAUAAUUGGGGAAGCAGAAGAAAUUCUUGACGAAGCAUGGGGUUGUCUUCAGAAAAUGAAUGGAUCAAGUCAAGGUACACAUGCUCCAGGGAUAAGGCAAGGUUAG